CGUCCCGCUGCAAUCAAAGUAAAUCAUUUGUGAUAGUGCCGUCGAACGGGAAAAAUACCAACUCCGUUGCUGUUUAUAACUAUUCCAGUGUGCGUAUAUUCUAUCGUCUACCUCGUGUAAAUAUUUUUUACUUACGUUUCACAGUCUAAUAUUAUCGACUACACUACCAUGAGCCAACAAAAGACCGUUGUCAUCCUACUUUUGAAUGUGUUUUUAACAUCAUUCGUCUGUGCCCAAUAUGGUAGUCCCGUUGGCAACAGCAAUCCAGGAUAUGGUGGUACAGGUUCAAGUGCUGUACCAUCAGGAGAUUAUGGACACAAAGGCCAAAAUGCCAUCGGAGGCGGAGCUAGUGGAUCAGAUGGAAAUUCAGAGCCGGAGCCGUUCAACUUUGCUUAUCAAGUAAAAGAUGCACCCACCAACACAGACUUCAAGCACGAAGCAAACAGUGAUGGCAAACGCGUGACCGGAGCGUACAGCGUACUUUUGCCGGACGGACGUAAUCAAGUAGUGACGUACACAGCUGACGAAAAUGGAUACAACGCUAAGGUCAACUACGAAGGUGAAGCAAAACCACAACCAGCUCAACCCGGCAGUCAAGGAGGUUAUCCAUCCGCACCAGGUUUCCCUUCUGCUGCCCCUUCAGGUUAUCCGUCCGCACAGGGUUUCCCUUCUGCUGCUCCUAGUUAUCCUUCUGCUGCUCCUAGUUAUCCGUCUGCUGCCCCUGGUGGUUAUCCUUCAUCGGCACCAGGUUUCCCUUCAUCUGCCCCGAGUUACCCAACCGGUGUUAAGGGAUCUUACGCCGCACCUCAACCCAAAAACGGAGGAUAUUAAUAAAUAUGUACCUCUGUGACGUUUAUUAUUAUGUUUAAUGAUUCAUUUUUAAUAUUUUAAGCGAUUUUAUCGCCCUUGUACUUAUUAUGUAUCUACAUUUUUUUUAUUUUUCAUAAACGGUCAUAAUAAGCUAUAAAGUGAUCGUCGAUCAAAUUAUAACGAACAAAUAUUAAGUACAAUAAAAUAUUUAUAGAUGUAUUCAAUAUUUUGACUAAAAAUAGUUACUUAAUUUAAAUUAUUUUAUUAUUUUAUAACUAAUAAAAAUAUUGUUUU